AUAUUUUUGAGAUCAGAAUUCUUAUCUCAAAAAUUAAUUCUCACACCACACGAAUCCAAUUUGAGCAAUCGUUUUCCCAUUUCCAACCCGUCGGCAGCAGCACAGCACACUAGAAGAUUCUCGAGAACCAAUUGCGAGGAGGAGCAGCUAUGGCGGGGGAGACAGUGAGCCGAGAGAACAAGCAGGUGCUGCUCAAGGACUACAUCACGGGUUUCCCAAAGGAGUCCGAUAUGGUGCUCAAGAAAUCCACCAUCGACCUGAAAAUCCCCGACGGAACUAACGGCGUCGUUUUGGUGAAGAAUCUGUACCUCUCCUGUGAUCCCUACAUGCGCAAUCGCAUGAGCCAUACCGUUGGAAGUUACAUCAACUCCUUCACCCCUGGCUCUCCGAUGGCGGGGUAUGGAGUGUCGAGAGUAAUUGAGUCUUCAUAUCCCGACUUGAAGAAAGAUGAUUUAGUUUGGGGAUUCACCGGGUGGGAGGAAUACAGCCUUAUUACUAAUCCUGCCACAUUGUUCAAAAUUCAAAACACAGAUGUGCCUCUCACUUACUAUACUGGGCUGCUCGGAAUGCCUGGCAUGACGGCUUAUGUUGGCUUUUAUGAGAUUUGCACUCCGAAAGAGGGUGAGUCAGUCUUCAUCUCUGCAGCGUCUGGAGCUGUUGGUCAGCUUGUCGGACAGUUCGCAAAGUUGAUGGGGUGUUACGUUGUUGGAAGCGCCGGCAGCAAAGACAAGGUCGAACUCUUGAAGAACAAGUUAGGAUUUGACGAUGCAUUCAAUUACAAAGAAGAGGAGGACUUAGCAGCAACUUUAAAGAGGUAUUUCCCGAAGGGCAUCGACAUAUACUUCGAGAAUGUGGGAGGGAAGAUGCUGGAUGCCGUGCUUCUCAACGCGGCGCUACACUGUCGUGUUGCUGUGUGCGGGAUGAUCUCCCAGUACAACCUCGAUCGCCCCGAACCCGUGCGCAACCUCUUUACUCUCGUAAGCAAACGAGUUCGUAUGGAGGGAUUCAUGGUCGGCGACUAUUACCACCAGUACCCGAAGUUCCUCGACCUCGUUCUUCCUCUUAUCAAGAAUGGAAAAAUCACUUACAUCGAAGACGUAGCUGAAGGCAUCGAAAGCGCACCUGCUGCUCUUGUCGGACUGUUCUUGGGUCGCAAUGUUGGAAAACAGGUCGUCGCUGUCGCACCCGAGUAGGCGAGGCUUCGAGCCGUCAAAUUACCUGAAUUGAGUGUUGUACUAUAGAGAAGGAUCUGUGUAUGUUGGUUUGAAAGACAUCACUCUGUCGAAUCAUGCGAAAAAACUUGAAAAAGGGUAAUAAGUCGCUUGUUGGAAA